AGCAAAGCGGAAGAGUAUGUGAGCAAUCACAAAGGAGGAAGAUGUGAGAGAACCAGGGGGAGUGAGAGAAAGUAGGGGGCCAGGAAGGAAUGAUGAAAGAGAAGAGGUGCUGUAGGUUGCUGAAGUGCUGCACAUGGCUAUAUGAUGGAAGGGAAGGAGAAAGGAAACCUGUGUAAUAAGACUGUUGGAUGGCUUCAGGAGCAAGACAAAAAUGCUGAGCCCUGGCUGUGGAAACUUUCAAAUUGCUUUUCAACUGUUGAGCAGGCAUUACCCAGUACAGCAGAAAAACAAAACACUUACAAGAACAGUACACCUGCAAUGGAACUAAAGGAUUUUCUGCAACCUCCUGCACCCCCACUUCAACCUUGCACAAAUAUCUUCCCACUUUCCAAAAUUCAACCUCCUUCUAUAAAGCAAAUCCAGCUUCAAACAGGCCCCAAAGUAAGCUGCUGUGCACUUUGUUCUAAUGGCACGUCUUGCACCCCUGACAACUGGAGGGGGAGUAGGUGCAUUUGGCCUACUCCUAUCCUGGAGAAAAAUGCUGUUGGCACAAUUACUUGCCAGAUAGCCUCAGGGCUACCCUUUGGUCCUAAUAGCCCCUUCAAGAAAGCUUCUGCUACAGGCAGCUGCAGCAGCUGUCCACCCAGCUGUUCGAAUGUGUGUAUGGAAAAGCGUCUGUCUCCCUGCCAGUUUCACCCAUCUCACACAGUUCCCUGCUUCACCAGUGUCCAUUUGAAUCCGCUUCACAAUGAUCUUCAUAAAGUCUCCACUCUUGGCACUUCUCCUGGAUGCUACCCUUGCUCAGACUUCACCAAUGGGGCUACACAACAUUUAAAGGAAUAUCAUGCACAGUCUGAAAUCUUAUCACGUUUUUGCACUGGUUCUCUUCAUCUAAGCUCUGCACCGUCUGUGUUUCUCAAAGGUUCUUCUUUCUGUGAAGCUUGUUUGGAAAAGCCCCCUAACAGCGUAAUUGAUGGAAACAAAAUGUGGCCUAAUAUUCCACCUCCGAGCACCCAGACUGCUACUCUACCCUUGUGUAAUGGCUGUGGGACACAGGGAAACAUGAAGGAUACGGCUAUCUUGCUCGCUAAGAAUUUCUGCAAAGCAUCACAAAAUUGUGGAGUCCCUGAAAUAUCUACUGUGCAGGAAAAUCUGCCCCCUAUUGGUGUGUUUUGGGAUAUAGAAAACUGCUCUGUUCCUAGCAGUCGCUCUGCUGUAACUGUCGUGAAGAGGAUUCGCGAACGUUUUUUCAAAGGUCACAGAGAGGCGGAAUUCAUCUGUGUAUGUGACAUCAGUAAAGAAAACAAGGAAGUAAUUGAGGAACUAAAUAACUGUCAGGUAACAGUUGCCCAUAUAAAUGCUACAGCAAAGAAUGCUGCAGAUGAUAAACUCAGACAGAGUUUAAGGAGGUUCGCAGAUACCCACACUUCUCCAGCAACUGUGGUUUUGGUGUCUACUGAUGUUAAUUUUGCUCUUGAACUGAGUGAUCUACGUCACAGACAUGGCUUCCAUAUCAUACUUGUACAUAAGAAUCAAGCCUCUGAAGCGUUGCUUCACCAUGCUCAUGAACUCAUUUGCUUUGAAGAAUUUAUCUCAGACCUACCACCCAGGUCAACCCUCAAACCACAGCAGUGCCAUACUUUGUUGUAUGUCUACAACUUGCCAACAAACAAAGAUGCAAAAAGUAUCAACAAUCGCCUCAGACGUCUUUCUGAUAACUGUGGAGGGAAAGUGAUGAGUAUUUCUGGCAGCAGUGCCAUUCUCCGCUUUAUCAAUCAAGAAAGUGCAGAGCGGGCACAGAAGCGCAUGGAGAGCGAGGAUGUGUUUGGUAACCGUAUCACUGUUUCAUUUGCACCUAAAAAUCGCGAUGUAACUGAAGUAAAGAACUCAGUCUGCACUAUUGGUGACAAAUCAAAGUCUCCCAAAAAAGGAAACAAGAACACCAAACUGUGCCUCCUUUCUAAAGAUCAGCAAGAAUCCUCCCAAAAUGCCAAAGGCUCUACCAGCAAGACUGCUCACAGCUCUGGGGGCAAAAACUCAAACGUGAAAAGUUUGCAGGUAUUUCAGAUUACCAUAUUUCUGUUUGUGCCCACUUUAAUUCCUUAUCCUUUCAGAGUUGGGCGGGAGAGCUCCAUCAAUGGUAACCUUUCUAUUUCUGUGGAAAGUAGUAAAAAGGAGGAAACAUUUCAAAUGAGUAAUCUCUCUGCAUUCAGCAAACUUGCUGGGACUAGGCAGAUUAGUCCUGCCGGUCAAACUGGCUACCUCUCAAGAAGUUUGUCCCCAAGCCUUUCCAAUCCAUUGUCGCUUAUGACUUUAAAUGAGUCUGAUCCGGUUGAUUCAUCUGUUGAUCCGUUUGCUAAUGGUGCUGAUAUACACAUUGGUAAUCUAGAUUAUAGGAGGUCUAGAAAGGAGCUUCUUCAGACACUGCAGGAAAUAUUUUCCAGAUUUGGAAAGAUAAAACAUCUAGAGCUCAGUCCUCAUACAGAUUAUCAGCUGAAAGCCACAGUUCAGAUGGAAAACCUUCAGGAAGCAAUCUGUGCUGUUAACAGUCUGCAUAGAUACAAAAUUGGUAGUAAGAGAAUCCAAGUGUCCCUGGCUACAGGAGCAACCAACAAAUCACUAUCUUUACUGAGUUUUGGUGCUAUUUCUAUCCUGCAAGAUGCCCCAGCUUGCUGCUUACCUUUAUUUAAAUUCACAGAGAUCUACGAGAAAAAGUUUGGAAACAAGCUGAUUGUGUCGGACCUGUACAGAUUAACAGACACUGUUACUAUCCGUGACCAGGGGAGUGGAAGACUGGUCUGUUUGCUGCCAAGUUUUCAGGCAAGACAAAGCCCUUUAGGGUCUUCUCAGUCACAUGAUGGCUCAUCUUCCACCUGCAGUCCUGUGGUAUUUGAAGAACUGGAGUAUCAUGAACCAUUCUGCAGGCAGCAUUGCACCAAUAAGAAGUUCAGCACACAUGACUUUGAUCCAGAUUCUUACAUAAUCCCGUAUGUUAUCCUUUCCUUAAAAACAUUUGCUCCUCAAGUACACAGCCUCUUGCAGACACAUGAGGGCACUGUUCCUCUCUUUAGUUUCCCUGACUGCUAUGCAGCAGAAUUCAGCACCUUGUAUGAAGUCGGAGAAGGACAAGGAGGGGUACCUCUAGAGCAUUUGAUUACCUGUGUUCCUGGUGUUAACAUUGCAACGGCUCAAAAUGGGGUUAAAGUAGUUAAGUGGAUACACAACAAGCCGCCACCCCCAAAUUCUGAUCCUUGGAUGUUGCGGUCAAAGAGUCCAGUUGGAAACCCUCAGUUGAUACAGUUCAGCCGAGAAGUGAUUGACCUGUUAAAAAAUCAACCCUCAUGCAUUAUGCCAGUCACUAAAUUUAUACCAACUUAUCACCAUCACUUUGCAAAGCAAUGCCGUGUGUCCGAUUAUGGCUACACUAAACUGAUGGAGCUGCUUGAGGCUGUGCCACAUGUUCUGCAGAUCCUUGGCAUGGGCUCGAAACGUUUCUUGACUCUGACUCAUAGAGCACAGGUGAAGCGUUUUUCCCAAGAUCUUUUAAAACUUCUUAAGUCCCAAGCCAGCAAACAGGUUAUUGUAAGGGAGUUCUUACAAGCUUACCACUGGUGCUUUUCAAGAGACUGGGAUAUUACAGAAUAUGGAGUGUGUGAGCUUGUGGAUAUUGUAUCAGAGAUACCUGAUACCACAAUAUGUGUUACUCAGCAAGACAAUGAGAUUGUAAUCUCCACUCCUAAAAGAGAACGUACUCCAGAAGAGAUUGAAAGGACAAAACAGUUUGCCAAGGAAGUAGUUGACCUUUUGCGUCACCAACCUCAUUUCAGAAUGGCAUUUAAUAAGUUUAUUCCGUCCUAUCACCACCACUUUGGUCGCCAGUGCAAACUGACAUAUUAUGGCUUCACCAAACUGCUUGACCUUUUUGAAGCCAUACCUGAUGUCUUACAAGUUUUAGAGUGUGGUGAGGAAAAGAUUUUGACCCUGACUGAAAUGGAGCGUAUCAAAGCUUUAGCUUCCCAACUUGUUAAACUGCUGCGCUCUCAAAAAGACACCUCUUUAAUGAUUCCUGACUUGCUUACUGAAUAUAGCAAGACAUUUGGUUACAGUCUGAGGCUUCAUGACUAUGAUGUCAGCUCUGUACUGGCACUAAUGCAAAAACUGUGCCAUGUUGUUAAGGUUGCAGACACGGUCUCUGGGAAGCAAAUCCAGCUAAUCAAUAGGAAGUCUCUGCGCUCUUUAACUGCACAGCUCCUUAUUUUGCUUAUGUCAUGGGAUGAGCCAUUACCACUUACUGUUGGCCAGCUGUGCCAUAUAUACGAAAAUGUCCAUGGAAUAACGCUCAAUCCAUGUGAAUAUGGUUUUGUGUCCUUAACUGACCUCCUAAAAAGCCUGCCUUAUUUAGUUGAGGUAUAUACCAAUAAUGACACGGAAUGCAUACAGCUGACAGUACUUUACCUGUUUGCAAAGAAUGUGCGUUCAUUGCUGCAUACCUAUCACUAUCAGCAGAUCUUCCUGCACGAGUUCACUACUGCAUACAGCAAAUAUGUUGGUGAAGUACUUGAGCCCAGGCAGUAUGGUUUUAACAGCUUGGAGGAGAUGUUGGGGGCAAUUGCACAGGUGGUCUGGAUUAAGGGACACGGCCAUAAAAGAAUUGUGGUAUUGAAGAAUGACAUGAGGAUUUCUCACCAGAUGGAAAGGGAACUCCUGUGCCUCACAUCACCUGUUGAUCUCUUAGGUGGUCCAGUUCCUUCUUGCCUUCCUUCUCCUCAGUUGCAUCCUGAUCCAGUCCUCCAAGAGUUUGGUGACCUCAUACAGUUUGAAGAACAAAUAUCUGGCUUAAAUAUUGAUGAAUCCCAGAAGAAACCACCUCAUGACUGUUCAUUACCUAUUAAGUACGUAAAGUCCAAUGAUAAACGCCUGAAUAUUGAGCACUCUGUUCCAGAUUCUGAGAAACCAGACUCUACGCUUUCAAAAGAAUUGCAAGAAAGUCCAGUAAAGAAGCAGAGCCGAAGCAGAGUGAAACUGGCAGCCAACUUCUCAUUUGCACCUGUUACAAAAUUGUAACAAUAUGUCUGCAGUUCUUCACUUGGAAACACGGGUUUAGCAUAUUCCAUCUGCAAAACCUUACCAAGCUGUUUACUCUAGUACUUUUUGGUCCUAUACCUUACUAGUUAAUAUACUACUUUAAAGAUUUUAUUUUUUAAAUAAGGUAUAUUGAAAUUGCGCUACAGGUUUUG